GGAGCGCCCGAUAUCGCUGGGCAUCUUCCCGUUACCUCCGGGAGAUGCGCUGCUCACGCCCGAAGCUCAGAGAGAAGCGGGGGAGACGCCUGGGUCAGAGCACUGGAAAUUCCACGAGCUGAGCCAGCCACGGUCCCACACAAGCCUGAAGGAUGAGCUCUCUGAUGUUAGCCAAGCAGGCUCAAAAUCUACUACUCCAGCAUCUGCAGCUGCUUCCGAUGCACCUGUGCUGCCUGCUGAAACUCCUCAACAGGAGGAUGUUGAAGGGCUUGCGAAGGACACAGAUAUGCCAAAUGAGAAGUUGGAUGUAAGCAAGAAUAUUGAGGUACAGGUAGCUCAAGAGACAAGAAAUGUGUCUACUGGUGGAAAUGAAAAUGAAGAAAAAUCUGAAGUUCAGGCAAUCAUUGAGUCGACUCCAGAGCUGGAUAUGGACAAAGAUCUCAGUGGAUAUAAGGGUUCCAGCACUCCUACCAAAGGCAUAGAGAACAAAGCAUUUGACCGUAACACAGAGUCACUCUUUGAAGAGCUGUCAUCUGCUGGUUCUGGCCUAAUUGGAGAUGUGGAUGAAGGUGCAGAUUUACUGGGAAUGGGUCGCGAGGUUGAAAACCUUAUUUUGGAGAACACGCAGUUGUUGGAGACAAAAAAUGCACUGAAUGUAGUGAAGAAUGAUUUGAUAGCAAAGGUGGAUGAAUUGACCUGUGAGAAGGAUGUACUACAAGGUGAAUUAGAGGCUGUAAAACAAGCAAAACAGAAGCUUGAAGAGAAGAAUAAGGAACUGGAAGAAGAGCUGAGAAAAGCUCGUGCAGAAGCAGAGGAAGCAAGACAGAAAGCUAAAGAGGAUGAUGAUGUAGGUGUAUACUGACUCUGCAGGGCCCUACUGUGCUCCUUUGUUUGUCCUAUGUUUGCUUUUUUGUGUGUUCAGAGCGAUGUCCCCACUGCUCAGCGGAAGCGUUUUACUCGUGUUGAAAUGGCCCGUGUUCUGAUGGAAAGAAAUCAGUAUAAAGAGAGGUUGAUGGAGCUUCAGGAAGCUGUCCGAUGGACUGAGAUGAUAAGAGCAUCAAGAGAAAAUCCAGCCAUGCAAGAGAAGAAGAGAUCAAGCAUUUGGCAGUUUUUUAGCAGGCUCUUCAGUUCUUCUAGCAAUACAGCGAAGAAACCAGAACCUCCUGUCAAUGUUAAGUAUAAUGCUCCAACCUCACAUAUUACUCCAUCAGUGAAGAAAAGAAGCAGCACCUUAUCGCAAUUACCGAGUGACAAAUCUAAAGCCUUUGAAUUCCUCAGUGAAGAAACUGAAGCCAGUUUAGCCUCACGCAGAGAGCAGAAGAGAGAGCAGUAUCGCCAGGUGAAAGCACACGUUCAGAAAGAGGAUGGGAGGGUGCAGGCGUUUGGCUGGAGUCUACCUCAGAAGUACAAACAGGUGGCAAAUGGUGGCCAGGGUGAAAAUAAGAUGAAGAACUUGCCUGUACCUGUUUACCUGAGACCUUUAGACGAGAAGGAUACUUCUAUGAAGCUGUGGUGUGCUGUAGGGGUAAACCUAUCAGGAGGCAAAACUCGAGAUGGUGGCUCUGUGGUUGGUGCUAGUGUGUUCUACAAUGAUGUGGCUGGUGUGGACGCAGAAGGCAACAAGCAGCAAACAGGAUCUCAAAGUAGCUUAGACAGACUAGACCAAGAGCUCAAGGACCAGCAGAAGGAGCUGAAACAUCAGGAAGAAUUAUCCAGUCUAGUUUGGAUCUGUACUAGCACACAUUCUGCUACAAAAGUUAUCAUUAUUGAUGCUAAUCAACCAGGAAACAUUCUGGACAGUUUUAUUGUUUGCAACUCUCAUGUGCUUUGUAUUGCUAGUGUGCCAGGGGCGAGGGAAACAGACUAUCCUGCGGGAGAAGAAGGGUCCCAAGAAGCAGAUCCCAGUCAGGUGGACAAGUCGUCUCUGUGUGGCAGCAUGACCAGCAACAGUUCUGCAGAGACUGACAGCUUGCUGGGCGGCAUCACGGUGGUUGGCUGUACGGCAGAGGGUGUCGCGGGAGCUCCUGUCGCUGCUGAUGCCAAUGGUGGCUCACCCAUGACAGAUAAGCAGUCAGGUAUUGCAGCUGAAAGUAAUUCAGUAGAUGAGAACAUUCCGACAGCAGAAGAGGCAACAGAAGCAACAGAAGUCAAUGCAGGGACAGGAGAAGACACAGCUGAUAUUGCACAAACUGGAGUCUACACAGAGCAUGUCUUCACAGAUCCUCUGGGAGUGCAGAAUACGACGGAGGCAUCUCCGGUGUACCAGCCUAGUGCUGAGUCAGAGUUAUAUAAAGACGUUGCAGUUUUGCCAAAUGAGCAAGAUCUAGUGAGAGAAGAAGCACAGAAAAUGAGUAGCCUUUUACCAACAAUGUGGCUUGGAGCACAGAAUGGAUGCCUAUAUGUUCAUUCGUCAGUGGCCCAGUGGAGGAAAUGUGUUCAUGCCAUUAAACUUAAAGAUUCUAUUCUCAGUAUUGUACAUGUAAAAGGAAUAGUAUUAGUUGCACUAGCUGAUGGAACACUAGCAAUAUUUCACCGAGGAGUUGAUGGUCAAUGGGAUUUGACCAACUAUCACCUCUUAGACCUGGGCCGGCCGCAUCAUUCGAUACGAUGUAUGACAGUGGUACAUGACAAAGUCUGGUGUGGCUACAGGAACAAAAUCUAUGUUGUUCAACCAAAGGCCAUGAAAAUAGAGAAGUCGUUUGAUGCACACCCGAGGAGAGAAAGCCAAGUGAGGCAGCUGGCAUGGGUGGGUGACGGGGUAUGGGUGUCCAUUCGUUUGGACUCCACCCUGCGUCUCUAUCAUGCGCACACCUAUCAGCAUCUACAAGAUGUGGACAUUGAACCUUAUGUAAGCAAAAUGUUAGGUACUGGUAAACUGGGAUUCUCAUUUGUGAGAAUCACAGCUCUUAUGGUGUCUUGUAAUCGUUUAUGGGUAGGAACAGGAAAUGGUGUCAUCAUCUCCAUUCCAUUAACAGAAACUGUAAUCCUCCACCAGGGACGUUUACUGGGGCUGAGGGCUAAUAAAGCAGCAGCAGGCUCCGGAAACCGUCCGGGGAGUGUAAUACGUGUGUACGGCGAUGAAAACAGCGACAAAGUGACUCCAGGAACAUUCAUCCCGUAUUGUUCUAUGGCGCACGCGCAGCUUUGCUUCCACGGGCACCGCGAUGCUGUUAAAUUCUUCGUUGCAGUACCUGGUCAGGUUGUCUGCCCACAGAGUAGUGGUGGAACAGAGCUAACAGCUGAUAAACCAGCCCAAGAGUCCUUCAACCAGAGUCCCUUAAAAUCGAUGUUGGUGAUAAGUGGUGGAGAAGGAUAUAUUGACUUCAGAAUGGGUGAUGAAGGUGGAGAGUCUGAACUCCUUGGAGAAGCUCUACAACUUGAACCUUCUGUAGCCAAAGCUGAGAGGAGUCACUUGAUAGUGUGGCAAGUAAUGUGUGGCAGUGAGUGAGCCUGUAGGAUGCAGCUGGAGACCUUAAAGAAAAAAAAAAAGCAAGCUUCUGCAUGUUUUUUUUAUUUUGUGAAACCUGUUUCACUACAUGAUGUUGAAGCAUUUCUUUGCUGUUUAACUUUAUAUUGCAAAUCUGUCAUACCUUUAACUAUACAGAAAUUAGCUUGUGCUGUUUUACUGCACCCGUGUUACAUGGAACCGUAUAAUGAAAUCAGAUCUUUCUCCAAACUGGUGUGCACACCAUAGCAAGCAACUGAGACAUUAGUUUUACUGUACCACAGCAAUCUAAUGUAGUUCACUUCUUCGAUAGUCUCACUUGAGUUCAGCUUUAUUCCAACUGAGCUUCAUUUCACUGCACUGAGUAAAACAGCAAAGUUAUUCCCAGAAUAUUUAAAAAUUGACAAAUUUUAAGAUGAUUUAUUAAGACUCAUCCAAAUAUUCAGUGAGGGCUAAAGCAAACUGUAAAUU